CCAAGCACCUCACAACUCUGAGCCUCACAACCGUGGAGCCAUGAGGAUGUCACCCGGUGUCCCCCAGCUGCUGGCCUCACUCCUUGUGCUGGCAGGUUCUGCAGCUACCCAACCCCAGCGGGUGAAUGUCCUCCUGGGGGACUCCGUGCUGCUGUCCCCAACUCUGCCCCCCAACACGACGGUGACAAAAAUGGAGUGGAGCUUCUCAGCUGGCACCGGAGCCACCAUCCUGGUGGCUGAGUCCAUCUCUGGUGGCUUUAUGCGUCCCAACCCCCAGGACAGGUUUGGGAAACGUCUGACAAUGCCCAAUGCUACGGCCCUGAGGAUUGAGGCUCUGGAAGUGGGGGACAGGGGGGUCUAUGAGGCUCGGAUAAAUCUGCCCCUGGCCCUGGUGGAGGAGCAGAUCUUCAACCUCUUUGUCUACGAGCCGGUGCCACCACCCGAGAUCCAGCACCAAGUGUUCUCCCUCACCACUCAUGGGUGCAACGUGACCCUGAGGUGCUGGGUGCCGGGUGGCCACGGUGCUGAGGCCAUGUGGCACCCGGAAACCUUGGGGACACCAUGGACACAACUCUGUGAGAACAGCCAGAGCCUCUGCCUGGCCGUGCCCCCCAGUGCCUUCAACUCCAGCUUCACCUGCUUGGCCCGAAACCCCGUCCAGGAGCGGAGGGUUUCCAUCCAUCUGGGCACCCUGUGUCUAUCCCCGGAGAUCUCUGGCUGGCGGAGGUGGCACCUGUGUUACCCGAUGCUGCCCGUGGCUGCUGGAGCCUCGCUCGGCCUCUGCCUCUGGAGCAGGAAGAAGAGGAAAGCAGCGAGGGGAGGAACCCUCCCUGCCCACCCCCACCAGGAGGCUCUGUACAGACAGAUCCAGAGGAGAUCUCCCCAAGAGCAGCACAACCUCCUCACCACCAUCUACAGCCAGCAGGGCCGGGACCACCGAACCCCUCCCCCGGACCAGUGAACCUCCUCGGAACCACCGGGACAGCCCCGGGCAAGAGCCCCCCCCCAGCGCGGUGCCGCGGGUUGGUGUCCCCAAGGCGAUGUCCCCUCCUGUCCUUCCCCCCCCUCUCAGCAGGACUCGGGGGUCGCAGGGGGCAGAGGGGACCCCCC